AACACCGUCCACACAGACCAGUACGCUGAACUGUGCCGACCGGCGUGCACGCGACGAAUAAUAAACCAAACCAUUUCUCAUAAAAGUCACUGAAAAAGUGAGACGUUCAGCUUUUUAAUUUGGUUAAAACACUUAAAAAAAUGGAACGUGACAUGCAGUCUUUUACGGAUUUACUUCACAAAAUAGCAAAGGAACAGAAGUUUGUAGAUUACAACUUAGACAUUAAAGAAAUAUCGAGCGGCGGAGCUAAUUACACAGCCAAGCUGUUCUCGGUGUCCAUCAUUGAGGGUUCCAACAGACUGCGACUGUUCUGCAAGGUGGCAGCCAUUGGCGAGAAAAUGCGAGCGCAGCUAUCUACAAUAUAUGAAACAGAGCAUUUCUUCUACACAAAUCUCGGUAAAAUGUUUCAAAACAUUGAAGACCAGUGUGGAAUACCAGACGAUCUUAAACUGAACGUCAGCAAGUACUACGGAAGUACUAUCGAGCUGAAUGAAGAAGUAAUGGUGCUGGAGGACCUCGUACCAGCCGGGUACAAGGCUUACGACAGGUCCAAGCCGAUAGACUGGCCGUACGCGCAGGCUGCGGUCCGGGAACUAGCCAAGUUCCAUGCAUGCGCCUGGGCAUACGGUAAACGAGACCCCGAAGGGUUUAAUGAAGUUAUGAAAAAUGUAGUAUACAAUAUCAAAAUGGAAGAGUCUGAAUCAGUUAGUUAUGCAACUAAAAUGAUAGGUAACGCUAUUAAUGCGUUAAAUGUCGAAGAGUACAAAGAAAAAGUUGUGAAAUACUUCGAAAAUUACGACCCAGACUCCUAUGAAAAAUAUCUAAAAUCGAGCCGGCGGCCGGUUAUGUGCCACGGAGACUACAAACCCAGCAAUUUAAUGCACAAGAUUCUUGACGAUGGCACGGUGGAUAUUAAGGUCGUAGAUCUUCAGACAAUGUACGCUGGCAGCCCAAUCAGCGACUUGAUAUACUUUAUCAUCGCGGGCACUGAUGAGAAGUUCCGCGCUCAGUACUUCGACAAGCUGCUGGACCACUACUACUCAGAGCUCAGUGCUGCCAUGAAGAGGCUGCAGCUCAACCCUGACGAGAUCUUCUCAAGGGAAGACUUCGACUGCGAGUUAAAAGAGAAGUUGCCAAGCGGACUCCUUCUGGCUAUCAUCACCCUGCCAGUCCUUACCGUGGAGAUGGAGAAUGCUCCCGCAGUGGACGAGUCCCUCGACAUCUCCAGUUUCAACGUGGAGAAGACCAGCGACCUGUACGCGGAGAGGCUGAACGGAGUGGUCAACGACUACGUCAAGUGGGGCAUUCUCAAAUAAGUUUUUGUAGUUGUAAUAAUUUACAUUGUUACCAA